AUGAUUUUUAAAGGUUCAAAAUUAAAUCCUGUGAUAACUUGGAUAUUUAAUUUAACAAUAUUAUUUUUAAACGAAAAUUAUGAUGGUUAUAGAUUCGAAAUGUUGGAUGAAAGACUUGGAUUUUUAGAUUUAAAUAAAGGUUUAUUACCGAGAUGGAAUAUUACAUUUAAUUUUUCAAUGUUAAGAAUUAUAUCUUAUAAUAUGGAUUAUUAUUGGUCAUUUCAUUCUUCUAAUGAUACAAGAGAGAAAAUUGAUAAAAAUAGUUCAUUGUUAUCAGAUAAAAGUAGAAUCAUAAAUCCUUGCUUCAAAGAAGAUUACAACUAUAUUUAUUAUUUAUCGUAUAUAUUAUACACACCUUUAUAUCUUGCUGGGCCUAUUAUUACUUAUAAUGAUUUUGUUUCUCAAUUUAGAUAUCCAAAGGAGCAAAAUUUUAAAUCUAUAAUAUCAUAUGGAUUAAGAUUAUUUUCAGCCAUUAUUUUGAUGGAAUUUAUGUUGCAUUAUAUGUAUGUAGUAGCAAUAAGUAAGUCUGGUGUAUAUGAGGGCUAUACUCCAUUUGAAUUAGCCAUGAUUGGAGCAUUCAAUUUAAAAUUGAUUUGGUUAAAGCUUUUGAUUAUUUGGAGAUUCUUCAGAUUUUGGGCAAUGGUGGAUGGUAUUGACACGCAAGAAAAUAUGUUAAGAUGUAUGUUUAAUAAUUAUUCUACUCAGGGAUUUUGGCGUAGUUGGCACAGAAGUUAUUAUCGUUGGAUUAUUAGAUAUAUUUAUAUACCACUUGGAGGAACUAAAUAUGCUAUAUAUAAUAUAUUAGUGGUGUUCACAUUUGUAGCAAUAUGGCAUGAUAUCACUUUAUCGUUAUUAGCAUGGGGUUGGCUAAUUUGGUUAUUUAUUUUACCUGAAGCUAUUGCUACAAAAGUAUUUUCAGGCAAAGGGUGGACAAAUUGGCAAUAUUUUAGACAUUUAUGUGCUAUUGGAUGUGUACUAAAUUUAUUAACCAUGUGGGCAGCAAAUUUAGUUGGAUUUGCUGUUGGUUUAGAUGGAAUGAAAUUUUUAUUAUCAGAGAUAUUUCUUACAACGGAUGGUUUAAUAGCGCUUGGAUUAAGUUGUAUUGCAAUUUUUUGUGCCGUCCAAAUAAUGUUUGAAGUUAGAGAAGAGGAAAAAAGAAAAGGAAUAAAUUCUGAUAAUAGAUACUAA